GAGAAGAAGAGAAACUUUCGGAGGAAUUGCAUUUUCUUUUCCUUUUUUAUUUUUUGGUCGGAAGAGAACGAGGUCAGGGAGGAGACCGCUUCCGGAUUUCCUUCAGGCCACAGCCGAUCUUGAAGAUCUCGAUUCUCAUUGAAGUUAUUUGAACCAUUGAUUAACCAAAUGAAUGUGGUGGGUAAAGUUGGGAGUUUGAUAUCACAAGGGGUAUAUUCCGUUGCCACCCCGUUUCAUCCUUUUGGUGGGGCAGUUGACAUAAUUGUCGUCCGACAGCAAGAUGGCACAUUUCGAAGCACGCCAUGGUAUGUUCGUUUUGGAAAAUUUCAGGGUGUUCUUAAAGGAGCAGAAAAGGUGGUCAAAAUAAACGUUAAUGGAGUCGAUGCAGAUUUCGACAUGUUUCUUGAUAAUUCAGGGGAAGCAUAUUUCAUCAGAGGGGUUGAAUCUGGUGAAAUUGGAAGCCCGGUAGAGGAUGAUGAUUUAAGUAGUGAAGAUAUGACAUUUUUGGACUUAGAAGACACUUUCGAUGUUUUACAAGAUGAAAAUAUUUCUUUGGGCGUGGGACGUCUCGAGAGAUCGGAAUCAGAAGCGAGCCGAUGUUUUUAUGAAUUCCCAGAUGAAGAAUUGUCCGAAUUUGGGUCGAACAGAUACGACAAUCUGGAUAUAGAUGAAAUUGAAAAUUGCGUUGAAACCCCGAGUUCCAGUUCAAAUUCAAAUUCUGAAGUUGUUUUGGUUAGUGUGGAUGGUCUUAUAUUAACAGCGCCCAUCACAAAUUCGGAAAGAAACGGCGAUGAUGCAGAACACGAACUGGAAACUCCUCAGUUUCGUCGUGUCGGUUCUGGUAAAUCCGCAGAGGUUUGUGAAGAUGAUAAUGGUGAGAUCAGUAAUGAUUUAGGUACGUGGAAUAUAACCACUUCUUUACCAAUAGUAGUUGAAGAAGAUGAACAAGAACAAGAAGAAGAAGGUGACGACGAUCAUGAUGAAAAUAGCGACGUAAAGACAGAAUCAGAAUCAGAAUCCGAAUUUAUUCGGAAGAGAGACAAGUUCAAAAGCUGUGCUGAGUUUUCGGAGUUGUUGGAUUCAUCUGGUGAUGAAAAACAAGGUGAAACUGAAACUCCGAAAACAUUGGCGGCUGAUGGUUCUGGAAUUACUCCAGCAACUCCUAGCCGGAGAUGGCGGUUAUGGCGAAAUCCUUUCCGUAGGGUUAAAACGCUUGAGCGGGGGGUUAGUUUUAAUUCAACAAGUGAAGGCGAUUUUGUAGACGCGGAUUCUAUUUCGCAGAGCCAAUCGACGGGGCAACCACAACUAUUAAGGACGAAUGUACCCACCACCGAGCAGAUUGCGUCGCUGAAUCUGAAUGAUGGACAGAACAUGAUAACAUUCAGCUUCUCCACUAGAGUUUUGGGGAUGCAAGAGGUGGAUGCUCAUAUGUACUUGUGGAAGUGGAAUGCUCAAAUUGUUAUAUCAGAUGUUGAUGGAACAAUUACCAAGUCUGAUGUUCUUGGACAGUUUAUGCCCUUGGUUGGAAAAGACUGGACGCAAUCUGGAGUUGCUACUCUUUUCACUGCAAUUAAGGAAAAUGGGUAUCAGCUGUUGUUUCUGAGUGCACGAGCUAUAGUUCAGGCUUAUCUAACUAGAAGCUUUCUUCUCAAUCUCAAGCAGGAUGGGCAAGCCUUACCUAAUGGACCUAUUGUGAUUUCUCCUGAUGGAUUAUUUCCUUCCUUGUUCAGAGAAGUGAUUAGAAGAGCGCCUCACGAAUUCAAGAUUGCAUGUCUAGAGGAUAUAAAAGCUCUAUUUCCUCCCGAUCACAAUCCUUUCUAUGCGGGCUUUGGCAACAGAGACACCGAUGAACUUAGUUACAGGAAAAUCGGUAUUGCAAAGGGAAAAAUCUUCAUCAUUAACCCCAAGGGUGAGGUAGCAAUAAAUCAACAUCGAAUUGAUGUGAAGACUUACACGUCUCUCCACACUCUCGUCAACGAUAUGUUUCCCCCUGUUUGCAUGGUUGAGCAGGAAGAUUACAAUUCCUGGAAUUUUUGGAAAAUGCCACCAGAGGAAGUUGAUUCUUAGUUAUCUGUGACACGGGCUGAACUCUCGGGUAAUAUAUAUAUUAUUUCUUCUUCUACUUUGUAUUUGUUCUAUAGAACACCAAUGGCAAAACUGGUGUGUUCUGGUUUUCUUUGCUAUAACAUUGUAAAAACUUGUACAAUAUAUAAGCAUGUAUUUGAUAAAAUAUACUCAAAGAAAAUAUAUACAAGUGUUCUUGUUUGGAGGUUUCAAUUCA